AUGCGUCGCCGACGACGAAAAACAGCAACAGAGAGGCUAGGCAUCCAACAGGAACUACUACGAGGUGACUCAACGAGUUCAUCAAUCAGCCACCACCACUACCACUCCUAUCCCUCGAUCCCAGCCAAUAUCGGCCCGCGAUCACCCAUACUCCCAUUCAUCCCGCUGCAACAACAGCAGCCCUCAAAUCCAGACCUAUCUCUAGAUAGCAUGUAUCUGCGCGGUGAGACAGCGCAAGACCCCUUCGCGGACCCGCCGUCCGCAGUCAUCGAGAUCUCAGCCCCAUCUCGCUCGGUCUCGAUCUACUCCACUUCUUCCCGUGGCGCUGGGCUCGGUGGGCAGGGGUACUGGAAUUGCGAGCGUGAGGGGUCGGAUUCCCUCGUUGUGCCCCAUGGAUACUUAGGUACGCCUGUGAUGCGUGAUAGCAUGCGCAGUGACCCUUUCGAUCUUGAUCUUGAGCCUCCGCCGAAUGCUCAUCAUCGGUCUCCCAUUCCUCCGAUCCCGAGUACGUGGGGAGCCAGGUUUUAG